GAGGCAUUGUUUUUGGGGGAAAGUAUUUCCGUUACACCAACAAGAGAUAGGUGAUCAUCAAGAGGAUCAUCGGCAUCAUCAUCAUCGGCAUCCGAUUGCAAUCGUAAGCGGAGUGGAGGAUCACUUCAAAGGCACACAUGUUGCACUGAAGAGGCAACUGUUGUUGCUCGCAUUAUAAAUUAGAAACUAGAAGAUCACCGAUCUUCUUCCGGCGCAAGCGAAAAAAGGGAGAGAGAGCAGUGCAUAUAGAGCGGAGUACUCUAAAGUGGAUUUCCGGUGAAUAAAAAACCCAGCAGCACAUGCGACAAACUCCGACAAGGGAGUUGCAGUUGCAGUUGCUGUUGCACUUUUGAGGGUGCUGUCUGCUGUCUGCCCUUUUUUCCUCUCCUCGGCAAGAGUUACAAAAAUAAAUAUCCUAAAAAUGGCUGCUGGCUGGAGUUUACGAGCCAGUCGCUCAACGAUCACAAUGAGAAGCGGAUCGCUGUUCUUCCUUCUGAUUUUAAUGGCAUUGCAAGUGGAAGGACGUCGCCAAAUGGCCAACAGUCAGGAAAUUCUGCUGGCAGGCAGGCAAAACAGAAGUCUUCCAAUUCCCAGUAAUCCCAAUAAUGUAAAUCAAACGACCGAGCUAGUGGACGAUGGCGGUGCGGAUGAUGAUGACGUCAAGGUGGCUCUGCCGGAAAGUGUCACCUCGAUGCCCUAUUGGCGGAACACCAAGAAGAUGAGUAAGCUGCACUUGCGACCCUCUGGCUCGCUGCUCACCUUCAAUUGCCAUGCCCUAGGCAAUCCGGAGCCCAAUAUCACGUGGUAUCGCAACGGCACCGCCGAACCCUUCACCCGCGGCUAUGGAACCAUCAAGCGGAAUCGCUGGACCCUGACCAUGGAGGAUCUGGUGCCCGGUGAUGGGGGAAACUACACCUGCAAGGUGUGCAACUCCCUCGGUUGCAUUCGCUACAUUUCGCAGCUGAUCGUUAGCGAUCGAGUUAAUCAUAAACCCAUCCUGAUGACCGGACCCGCGAAUCUCACACUCGAAAUAAGCGAGAGCGGGGGCAUGGACUGCAAAUAUCUAUCGGAUUUGACCAGUAAGAAAGCCUGGAUCUUUGUGCCCUGCAAGGGGAUGUACAACUGUUCGAGCAACCGAUCGAUCGUAGCCGAGGAUCUGGAUCGGCUGGACUUUGUGAACGUGACGAUGGAGGACGAGGGCUGGUACACCUGCGUCGAGAGCAACAGUCUGGGCCAAUCGAAUAGCACCGCCUAUCUGCGAGUGGUGCGAAGUCGGUCAGAAGUGGAUCACGGUGUGCUGGCCACAGCCACUCUCAAUUCGAACAGCUUCAUGUACAUCUUCGUCCUGGGUGGCUUCAUUCUCAUCACCAUCAUGACCACCUUCUUUGUCUUCUACGCCAUUCGCAAGAUGAAGCAUGAAAAGGUGCUGAAGCAGCGCAUCGAGACCGUCCACCAGUGGACCAAGAAGGUGAUCUUGGUUCAUCCCGAGGGCGGCGGAGAUUCCAGCGGUUCCAUGGACACCUUACUAGUGCCGGUGGUGAAGAUCAAGAAGCAGCGCACCACCGUUUUCCAGAAUGGCUCCGAACCGGCUCCCUUCAAUGAGUACGAGUUCCCGCUGGACUCCAAUUGGGAGCUGCCCAGGAGUCAGCUCGUGUUGGGCGCCACUUUGGGCGAAGGUGCCUUCGGUCGAGUUGUCAUGGCGGAGGUGAACAAUGCCAUUGUGGCCGUGAAAAUGGUGAAGGAGGGCCACACGGACGACGACAUCUCCAGCUUGGUGCGCGAAAUGGAGGUGAUGAAGAUCAUCGGGCGGCACAUCAAUAUCAUCAAUCUGUUGGGCUGCUGCAGCCAAAGUGGACCACUCUAUGUGAUCGUCGAGUUUGCACCGCACGGCAAUCUGAAGGACUUUCUCUUCAAGAAUCGACCCUUUGGCCGGGAUCAGGAUAGGGACAGUUCACAGCCGCCGCCAUCGCCGCCGGCCCAUGUGAUCACCGAAAAGGAUCUGAUCAAGUUUGCCCACCAAAUCGCCAGGGGCAUGGACUAUCUGGCCUCGCGGCGAUGCAUCCACCGGGAUUUGGCUGCCCGGAAUGUGCUCGUCAGCGAUGAUUAUGUGCUGAAGAUAGCUGACUUCGGUUUGGCCAGGGAUAUUCAGAGCACCGAAUACUACAGGAAGAACACGAAUGGCAGGCUGCCGAUCAAGUGGAUGGCACCGGAAUCGCUGCAGGAGAAAUUCUACGAUUCGAAGAGCGAUGUCUGGUCUUAUGGCAUAUUGCUGUGGGAGAUCAUGACUUAUGGACAACAGCCAUAUCCAACUAUCAUGUCCGCCGAGGAGCUCUACGCCUAUCUGAUGUCCGGCCAGCGGAUGGAGAAGCCGGCAAAGUGCUCCAUGAACAUCUACAUACUCAUGCGACAAUGCUGGCACUUCAAUGCCGACGAUCGGCCGCCUUUCACGGAAAUCGUGGAGUAUAUGGACAAGCUGCUGCAGGCGAAGGAGGAUUAUCUGGACGUGGAUAUCGCCAAUCUGGAUACGCCGCCCUCGACAAGCGACGAGGAGGAGGAGGAGACGGACAACCUGCAAAAGUGGUGUAAUUACUAA